ACAUGCAGGACAGGUCCGCAGGCAAGGACAGCAUGUGGAGACCUCCCUGCUCUUCCUGUCUCAGGGGCUGCAGGGACAUACCAGCCACUUCCAGGAGCAGCAAUUAUCACAGGGAUAAAAACUCCAGCCACAAUGAUACUGGAAAUCGACUUCGGUUCCAACUGGAGUUGGAAUUUGUUCAGUGUCUGGCAAACCCCAAUUACCUCAAUUUUCUUGCACAGAGAGGGUAUUUCAAAGACAAAUCUUUUGUAAACUAUCUUAAAUAUUUACUUUACUGGAAAGAACCUGAAUAUGCGAAAUACCUAAAGUAUCCUCAGUGUUUGCAUAUGUUAGAGCUGCUCCAAUAUGAACACUUCCGUAAAGAACUGGUAAAUGCUCAGUGUGCUAAAUUUAUUGAUGAACAACAGAUCCUUCACUGGCAGCAUUAUUCACGGAAAAGAAUGCGUCUCCAGCAAGCACUGGCCGAGCAGCAGCAACAGAAUAGUACUUCUGUAAAAUGAAUGUUUUGACACAGUGCCAAUGUUUACUUCAUGUUAAUACAUGUAAUUGCAAGUGAAAAAUUGACUGACUUAUAGCUUUGGCCUCAGUGAUGUACAUACCUUUAUGUUCUACUGUAGAUAGAGAACAUUUUUGGUUUGAGUUACUGUUUUCCUAUCUACAAGCAGUGUCUACUUUAAUGACAUGUAGCUGGUGCCUACUUUGUUGAACCUUCAGUAGUGAUUUUGUCUUUCAAAAGAAAGAAUAUUCUUCACGUUGCUGACUGUAGGCCUUCAUUCUUGUAUUUAUUUUGAAAACUAAAUGCUGUUAUCUAAGGUUACCUUGGUAUCUAACCAUGGGGUUAUCUCACUGAAAUAACUUAUAGUUGAAAAGUCUGUACAAAGGCAUAUGCUCUGAACUGCACUAUUUGGAGGAUAGUGGCAUGGUUUAAGAUGGCUCUAAAAGUGCAUCUAGGAUUUCCCAUGUGAUGUGAAGAGCUAUUUGUUUUAAGAGCAAGAUGUGCACAAUUCAAAUGAGAGGUUACAGAAAACCUUAAUGAGAUGGCACUUCUAUUUGAGUCUGUUAAUUCUUUGUUUACUGCUCUUGCUAUCUAUUUAAUGCAGAUUUGCUGGUACUAAAAUUUGAAAGGUUAUAAACCAAAGAGGUGUGAAUAACAGGGUUUCCUGGUGAUGAAGAAGAGCUAGGAAAUAACCAGUGCAGACACAGAAAGGGGAGAGAACACUGUGAUAAUAGGGCCCAUUCAAUUGAAGUAAAUGUUUCUUUAUCUUGUCUCUUUACUGUCAGCAAGCUUGGCCUAGGUUUGGGAAGGCUCUUGCUACUAAGAAACUAACAGGGGUGGUAUUAUUGGGAUAAGUAUAUUGCAGGCAAUUGUAAAUGUUUUUAAGACUUGUAUUGAAAGGUCAUAGGUGAAGUAUUUAUCUUUAAUAUGGCUAUUUCCUUUACAACAAGGUGACAACCACUACAGAUGCCAAUUAAAGCCUUAAUUAAAAAGCAGCAGGGAUACCAAACAACUGUGUAAUAACCAAACUGUACAAGAAAGGCAAGGAUUACACUUUUUCUUCCUGUUCAUUGAAGUGAAUGUCAGUUAUAAAGAAUAAAAUUCCUACUCUAGAAGUAGGGAAGAAAAUGGUUUUAAUCUUCAUGGCCUGUGAUGCUACUUUUCAGAAAGACUAACUGCUGUGCAGACUACCUUUAAUAAAAAGUAACAAAGUUUUGUCCUGCC